AUUCAACAUUCUCAUCUCCUAAUAAUAUUAGAGAAAUGUCCCUUCAGUUAAAGAAACCAGUCAAUAAAGCCAAGAACUUGAAGUUUAGUUUGGCAGCCGGCGCUGUCAUCUUAGGUACAGGCUAUUUAGUAUUGAAUACCUUUCCUCAUUUGAAAACAAGCAUAUGGAACUACAUAACCGGUGAAAGGCAACAAGAAAGAGAAGUACAGGAAGAAGAAAUUGAAGAAGAACAAUCUAAUGAACCAAUCGAACUUCACGAAUCACAAGUAGAUUUACUGGCUUCCAAACUUCACGAUCAAAGUUAUGUGGAUAUAGCCGAGUGGUCCAAUGAUAAUUUAAAGAGCUGGUUGAGCCGAAAGAGGUCAACCCUCCCCCUAAUGCUUCUCAUGAUAACCUUGUGUCCCUUGUUAAAUCAAUUCAGGAAAAUCCUACAUAGUUACAACGUAAUUUUCAACGUCAAUAUAACGCAAAUCAUCCUUAGUCUAUUGAUUUCUAUCCAAAGGUAUUUUGGUAGUUCCUGAUACUAAGCUUUUAUCCACCUACUAUUUUGUACAAUUACACUUCUAUUUAUAUAUUAGCUAGAAUAAUAUAGUCUAUCUAUCAUAC